UGUAGGUAAUCAUGGGUAUCAUUUUAAUCGUAUUGACCCACAGAAUAAAGAACAUAUGUCAUUUUUACCUAAAUUGUAUGUUGUGAAAAAGAAAACCUUCCAAAAUUUGCAAAAUUGCGUUUUUCUUUUUAAUUUCCCCACACAAAUAUUUUUUUGGGUUGCGCCAUACAUUUAAUGGUAAAGUGAGUGAUGUCAUUAUGCAGGACAUCUGGUCACGCAAGAAACUAAGCCCUCAUACUAGUCUGUGGAUGAAAAUAUAAAAGAGUUAUGAUUUUUACAAGAGGAGGAGGAGGAAAAAACAAAAAUGCAAAAAUAAAAUUGGCCUGGUCCUUAAGGGGUAAUGUGGCACCAAGACACAAUCGUUUGCCUUUUUACUUUUUUAAGGAAGACAAUUGGGGAAAAUGUUUCUUUUUGUAAUUAAAUUAAGUAUAGUACAGUGUCCCCUCCCUUGUAUAGCAUUGAUUGUGACAUCAGAUUACAGGGCUGAUGACAUCAUAGGAAAAGACAGAAUACUUAGCCAGAUGCACAGGUUGCAAUCUCAUUCGCUUAUUAGGGUUCAGUCUUCUUUGCCGAUCUCUUAAAAUAAAGGCAAAAGAGAAGAAAAAGUAUUUAGAAGGACAAACUAGGAAAAGAGCUGAGCAGAGACCAGAACAGUGGAAAUAUCUGGAAGCCACCAGAAGAUACCAAGAAAGAACAAGUUAUUGGCGUUCCUGCAGAAUAUCUGGGCCCGGAUGACCCAUAAGAGGAGAAAAACUUCCAGCAAAGAAGAGAGGUGUAAGUGACCUCCCUGGACCCCUCAACAUCCAUCUGAUGGACGGCACAGUGUCCAGCCCUCGAUGAUCAAAGCUACCUCCUGCUUCCUCUGAUGUGUCAUACAGCCACAGGAUUUUACUAAAGACCCUCCUAUAUGUGCUUCACUUGUACCUACCACAAAACUAAGGUAUGUGAAGUUUAUGACAGAAAAAGACAGAAGUGCGCUUAGCAAUAUUCUGACUGAUGGCUUUAAUGGCAGAAGCAGCUGAAAAUGAUGGAGAUCGGCAGUUACUGCACAAGAAGUCAAAAACUAAGUGCUGCAGCUGUUGUGUCAAAUGUUGUACCUGCUGCAUUCAUUGCCUCAGUGGAUUCAUUCUUCUUUUAGCAAUAGCUGGUCUGGUUUUAUGUGCAAGGAUUUUCUUAGAGUUCCCAAUGAUUAUUAAUGGCUUCAGAAGCACCAAUAAUUUCACAAAGGAGACCGUUGAUGCACUGUUGUCUGAAUCGCAACAUUCAGGAAGUCCAACUGACCCUUCCAGGGAGACAUGCAAAAUGUUUGUGGGCUCCUUUCAAUUACUAAAUGAAACGUACCUGGCACAGUAUAAUGAUGCAUCUUCUGUUGACUUCCAGAGGAUGGCUAAAUGUUUAGAAACUCUGAUAAAUACCAGACUAAAACGUAGUCUAUUAAAUGUGGGCUACAGAAAUGCAUCUGUCUUCUUGCUAAGCUCUAAUCCAACCACCACACAUUUCCAGCUGCUGUUCUGUAAUGACAAUGCUACCAUAAGUGGGAUAAAAGCUGACAAUAUUGUGCAGGGUCUGAGGAAUUAUAGUGCAAGCAAGGAUAUCGUCAAUAUAUCAAUGAAUUUGGACAGCCUGGCAGUGGGAGGGGUGGCACCAUGUCCAGUAUUUUUUAAUUCAAGUGAGCCAUGGCCCUGGAGUGUUGUUCUGCAACAAAAUCAAAUAACUUUGUGUGCUGGCAGCUUAUUGAGUGGUUCCUGGGUACUGAGCUCAGCUACGUGUGUUAAAAACAGGGAUCCAUCCUUACUUACUAUAAUGUUGGAAGAUGGGCACAGUUCUUUACGUAUAGAUAUGAUUUUCCUACACCCCAACUUCACUGCUUCAUCUACAUUGAACAACUUUGCCUUGAUUCGCCUUUCAACACCGGUGUGGUUCAGUUCAUCCAUUAUUCCCAUCUGCCUUUCUCAGACAUCACAGGACCCAACAACUGGAAGCCUAUGUAGCACCUUGGUCGGGAAUGCCUCAACUGGUGGCCUAACCAGUUUGGCUGGGACUGUGACAACUGGUCUAACUUGCCUCAGUAAGACCGAAUCUGGGUCUCUCUACCUCAAGGCUUCACUGUCAAACACUUUAUUUAAUCAGACAAAUACAGGGGAUCCACUGGUGUGCAUGAACACAGAUGGCACAGCUUAUCUUCAAGGCAUUUCGAGCAGUCUCUCAUCCAGCGUCUGUCUCAGCUUCACUAGUAUUGGGCAAACUGUGAGCUGGAUCAACUCUUACAUACUAAACUGAUCAGAAGUUGGACAAUAUUUACACAGACUUCUCAGCAGCAAUAUUGUUCUAUUAUUAUGAGAACAUCUGUCAACAAAUUGCUAAUUACUUAUAACUAUCCCUGUCAGUUCUUGGGGUCCGCCAAUCUAACAGUUAUCACCUUAUCUGCCUAGGUAAUAUGAAUAUUUUCCUUUAAAGGUUACUUUAAGCCAAGUGUACAGUGUAUAGAAAUAAAAGUAUAGAAAGUUUCACAAGCUUUCUAUUUAUACAUUAUUCUGCUCUUUGAGGAAAGGAGAACAGA